ACUUUGCAGCGCGAAGCAGUCAAGGAAGCGCGCCGGCGCGGGCUCGGCUGGGCUCCACGCUGCUCGGGACAGCCGUGAACGCUGGGCCAGCUGCGUGAGUACUCUGCCCACAGAGCUGCUGCCAAGAGCCAAACCUGCUACCUCGAUUCUGGCCCGCCCGGGGUGUCCGACUCCCAUAGGGACUUUCCAGCCGCAGAAGAGGUGCGCAGCCGACACUGAGCCUUCCCUAUCUGUCCUCCUAGGCUCAGACCCUUCACCACCAUCACUCAGCCAUGGCUCCAGGUCCUGGUCGGAUCAGCUUAGGGUCCCAACUGCUGCCGAUGGUGCCGCUGCUCCUGCUGCUGAGGGGCGCAGGCUGCGGCCACAAGAGCCCCUCAUGGUCCUCACUGCCCUCAGCAACUGAUGGUCUGCAGGGGGACAAGGACCCCCAGCUGUCACCCGGGAACGCAGCAACAGCUCUGGGCCCUGGUGCCCAGGACAUGGUCGCUGUCCACAUGCUCAGGCUCUAUGAGAAGUACAACCGAAGGGGCGCUAGACCAGGAGGAGGCAACACGGUCCGAAGCUUCCGUGCCUGGCUGGAAGUGGUCGACCAGAAGCCUGUGUAUUUCUUCAACUUGACUUCCAUGCAGGACUCGGAAAUGAUCCUCACAGCGGCCUUCCACUUCUACUCAGAACCCCCACGAUGGCCCCGGGCACGUGAGGUACUCUGCAAACCGAGAGCCAAGAAUGCAUCCUGCCGCCUCCUGUCCCCUGGUCCGCCGGCACGCUUGCACCUAAUCUUCCGCAGUCUCUCGCAGAACACAGCUACUCAGGGGCUUCUCCGUGGGGCCAUGGCCCUGGCACCUCCACCACGUGGUCUGUGGCAGGCCAAGGAUAUCUCCUCAAUUGUCAAGGCUGCCCGAAGGGACGGAGAGCUGCUCCUCUCUGCCCAGCUGGAUUCUGGAGAGAAGAACCUCGGCGUCCCCAGACUCAGCCCCCACAUGCCCUAUAUCCUCGUCUAUGCCAAUGACCUGGCUAUCUCAGAGCCCAACAGUGUAGCUGUGACGCUGCAGCGAUACGACCCCUUCCCAGCUGGAGACUUAGAGCCUGGGGCAGCCCGCAACAGCUCAGCAGACCCCCGUGUGCGCAGGGCUGCUCAGGUCUCUAAACCCCUGCAGGACAACGAACUGCCAGGGCUGGAUGAGAGACCAGCCCCUGCCCUGCACACCCAGCACUUCCACAAGCAUGAGUUUUGGUCCAGCCCUUUCCGGGCACUGAAACCCCGCCCUGGGCGCAAAGACCGCAAGAAGAAGGACCAGGAGACUGUUGCUGCCUCCUCACAGGUGCUGGACUUUGAUGAGAAGACAAUGCAGAAAGCCAGGAGGAGGCAGUGGGAUGAGCCACGGGUCUGCUCCAGGAGGUACCUGAAGGUGGAUUUUGCAGACAUCGGGUGGAAUGAAUGGAUCAUUUCACCCAAAUCCUUUGACGCCUACUACUGUGCUGGGGCCUGCGAGUUCCCCAUGCCCAAGAUUGUCCGCCCAUCCAAUCAUGCCACUAUCCAGAGCAUCGUCAGAGCUGUGGGCAUUGUCCCUGGUAUCCCAGAGCCCUGUUGUGUUCCAGACAAGAUGAACUCCCUUGGAGUCCUUUUCCUGGAUGAGAACCGGAAUGUGGUUCUGAAGGUGUACCCCAAUAUGUCUGUAGAGACCUGUGCCUGUCGGUAAGAUGGCUUCGAGGUGGAAGACAGUCCUGCUUUAUCGCUGUCCUGCACAGUGGCAUUCUUGGAGCCAGGACUUGACUCGGGGUGCUAGACAGAACUUACAGGCAGCCUUGCCAGGACCUAGAAGACUCUGUCCACCAUGUCCUCGUUCUUCCGCUUUUUCCUUGCUCGUGGUAGCUCUGUAAAGACUUUUUGAGUUCCUGGAAGGAAUUUGGAAUUAACUGUGGUCUGUAAUUUGCCCAUAAGCCCUACCCACAUUUUUUGAAGCCUGGACAUAGCAUGUAUCUACCAUGCUGACUCCACACAUUCAUCAUCUCAAAGCCUGGAAAGACGAUGCAAACCUCGGUGUACUCAUUCCUUAUAGCAGUUUAAAACCCUCAGGCUGGAUACUAGACGCAGGGCCUAAAUCAUGGCAUGAAUGGGUGUUUUCUUUUACAUUUCACUACACAGGCUUUUAUACAUGCAAUGUGCACAUGUAAUCAAGGUUGGUUUCUUCUUUUAAUAUAUGUACUUCUUAUUUUAAAACAAAACAGAAUUGACCCCCAUCUCCCACAGAGGUAAUAGUGCAGAUUAGGUGUGGGUUGUUUGAAAAAUGCAUAUGGAGAUAACACAUACAGUAAUAUGUUGGAAUACUAAAAAAUAACCAAGAUUUUAUAUUUUUGUAAAUUAUACUUUGUAUACUGUAGAUCGUGAGUGUUCUGUGUUUUUAUGGAAAGCUAAUAAAUU